GAUACAGCUGCCACUAUGGGAAACUCUUUCUCUUUGGAGAAUGAGCCUGAAGACCAAGAACCUGUUCACGGAACAACAUAUUCCCCAGUUUCUUCAGAACCUCCUGAUAGCCUAAAAAAUGGGCAUGUUACGAUCCAGCCUGUACAGACCGAUCUCUUAGCAAAUGGCAACACAGUGGAUGCAAAAGUGACUGUUCUCCAGGAUAAUGCGGCUAUUUCUUCCCAGAAGACAAUGGAGAUCAGCACCGUCUCUGAGAGCAAUGAAAAUAAUCUUGGGAAGAAGGCCAAGACUCCGCCGCCAGCUGCCAAAUCUCGUUUUAGCUUUUCAUUUUCACGGCCCGUACCAGGACGUAAUGGAGUGCAGGCAACAAAUUCAUCUGUUGGACCAACUCAACUUGAUGUCAGCUCCGAAACCCUGAGUGAAAACAAAGCAUCAAGUGAGAACCCAGGCCUUCCUGCUGCAGCUGUGGCAGAGGAAGCUUCAAAUAAAAACCUAAAUGAGACAUCACUCAGUGAAAUUGAACUCACAGCACCGGACAAGAGAGAGGAUGAUACUGUUCCCAAGCCCAAAGAGAUAAGCUUUUUUGAACGUAUCUUCAAAUUGGAAAAAGGGAAAGAAAAGAAGAAAGCCCAAGAAGAAAUCCAAAGCGAGGAUGAAGUAGACAAUCCAGGUGUACUCAUCACAGCACAAGAGACAUCCGGAUUACAAAGCGCACCAGAUAACAUUCUUCAAGGAACGGACGUGACAGAUGACAGCAACCAAAAGGCUCUGCAGCAGGGGUCAGCGGAUGUCAAUUGCUUGGCCUCUGUGGAUCUUGCCCAAGAGGAGGUAAAACCAGACAACGUGAAGACAGCCAACGGGACAGACUCCAACAAUUCCGUCAUGAGUUAUUUUAACAAAUUGGUUUCUCAAAGAAAAUCAGGUUCCAAGGCUGACUCUGAGGAUAAGGGUUCCCAAACAUGUCCUGGUGGGCAGAUUCCUGAAAAGAAAGCAGCUGACUCCCCUAAGAAAAGCCCGAAGAAAAAGAAGCCAGAAAGUCCCAGAUUAGGACACAACACAUUUAGCAAACUGUUUAGGCAUAAGGUAAAGAAAGAUGCGCAACAGACAGAAGAUACCAAAAUUACUGAGCAACCUGCAACCACCACAACUAUUGUGAAAACAGAAAUAAGCAUUCCUCCGCCACAGGAAAAUUUAGCAGCAAAUCAGAACAUAAAAGUUCCUGAACCUCCAGUUCAGCAACAAGCGACAGCAACAGUGGUGAUCACUAAUGAGGCUCCAAAAGAGGUGACAAAAGAGAGAUCUCAAUCAACACCCACACCCCUCAGUAAAUUCUUUCGAAAAAAGACACCAACAGAUGACAUUGAAGUGAUAAACACAGAAAAAAUUGAAGCAUCCCCGGUUGUCCCAACUAAAGAGGAAAACAGAAGUCAGGAAGCUGCAGAAACGAAGUCCAAAGGAGAUGAGAAGACCCCCAAAACAAAUUUGAGGAAAUUUUUCAAAUUGACCUUAGACUUCACAGACAGGCCCUUCACCCAGGCUGAGAACAGAGAACCUGUCCUGGGCGAGAGAAGCCAAGCAAGUUCAACAGAGACCCUGAGCAAGCCGGAAGGCGACAAGCAGGAAGUCAAAGACCCACAAGACGUUGUGGAGCAAGAAACAGUGGAGACAGCCUCCUUUCAAAAUGGAGGGGAUACUGCGAAGGAAUACACCCCUAAGAGGAUAGAGAAGAGACAGUCCUUCGGAGGGUUUUUUAAGGGUCUCAGCCCCAAACGGAUGUCUGAUGCACAAGUACAAACAGAUCCAGUGUCUAUUGUGCCUUUUGUGCAACCCAAGUAAUGAACAUGCUGAAACAGCUCAAGAAUAAUUGGAACAUCAUCAUUUUUCUCCUUGAAGUUUAAAAAAUGACUUGUUUUGGAUCAUUUCUUGCUCCUACUCACCCGCCUGCCCAUCCUCCUACUUUUAAUGGCUAUUUCCAAAUAAGCAAAACAAGUGGCAUUCCUGAAGCAAAGAGUUACGCACGUUUUCAAUAUUUUAAUGUAAAGAUUAGCACAUAACUAACAGCAAGUCAGAAAGGCAUAAUGGGUAAAUUAUUAAAACAGAAGAUAAGUCAAUAACCAAGGUGGUUAGUAGGCUAUUGGAUGGCUUAUAGGUUGGUGGAAAAAUGAAAGAGUAUAGUCUAAGGGGUGAGGAGAUGUAUCAACAGUGUCCCCUAAAUCCUUCUGAUAUAAAAUCCCUGUCCCAUGUUUCUUAAAAUGCCAUUUUUGAACUAGAUUAGAGAGAAGCUGAAGUAGGUUUGUACAUAUCUUUAGCUGAGAUUGACAUGGGAUUGUCAAUUUUAGGUUCAGUUUGGAAAAGAAACAAAACUUGGCGAUGUUUCCUUUUUGUUUUGUUUUUUUGGAUCACUAAGUCUAUGUCUUAUAGGCCAUCUAAGCUUGUAUUAAACCAACUUUUCUUGCUAUGCCUGAACCAGGAAAUUCCAACAAAGUUUAGUAUAGACUUGACUAAACUCUCAUUUAACACAUGCUUGAAACAAGAUGCCAUGAUUGCACACAAGCAGAGGAGAGACUGGAGUGAUGAGAAACAGCCCUGCUUUGAUAACUGCUUCAUAGUCCUAAAGUUUAUAAAGCUAAAAGCAACUGUCCAAAUCUGGACAGUCUGUAUAGAGAUUGCUGGAAAAUGGAGAGAUUGGGCAAGCUGCCUUAAUCAUGGUUUGUUCAAAUGACUUCUGCAAACUAUGGUUUGCAAACAGAGUUUAUGUCUUGUUUUCCAGCUGACCCUGAAUUAUAGCUCAUUCAAAUAUAGGACAUAAUAAUGGUUGGAGAAAAAAUGUAUUAUGUUAGUAAAGCUGAUGUGGGGAGCCAUUCUAACCACUAAGGCAAGAAAGCAUUCUUAGGCUAAAAUCCUAAAAGAGACAGAUACCUAGAGGUAUGAUGGAUUCAACGCAGUAGGACUAAGCAAACAUAUCUAGAAUUACAUUUCACUUCAUAAUAAAAAUGGAAGAAGGCUAAAUGUAACUAUGGUUGGAUGCAUGUGCUGAGAAGGAUUUUCUUUGUAGGAAAACAUUGUGCAGGUGUAAAAUAACAAGGAUAAAGCUUUAAAACAACCAUAAAAUGCCUUUUUAAUAAUCUGUACAUUGAUAUUUUUUUAAAAAUAAAGAGUUCAUUGUUCAUGGUUAUAAGUACAAAGGAAACUGAAUCAUAAACCUUCAAGAGUAUUCUUCAUGUUGAUUUUCAAGUUAUUAAUAUUAUUGAAAAGUCUGAACUGUACAGAAUAAUUCUUAUCUAGUUCUGCCUUGAUAUGAUAAAAUCAGGGAAAUUAGCUUUAUAAAAAAAAGAAGAAAAAUAAAGUAUUAACAAGAAUGCAACACAAGGGGGCAGACCUGAAGCUCUGUAGAUCACUGUACUAACUAUUUACUUUUGUGUUAAUUUCAUUUCAGGCAUAAAUAAUGCAGUUCCAUAGCCACUUGCCUAGGAGCAAGCCCCAUUGAAUGCAAUGGGAUUUACUUAAGGCCAGAUAUACAUAGAGUUCCAUUGUAUCUUGAGGGAAACCUUCAAUUUUUCAGAAAUCUUUUGUUUUUGUUAAUGUCUAUACUCAGCCUAAUACCUUGUUUUUAAAAGCGCCAGAUUUUAAGACUCAACACCCUUUUGCCUGAUUUAUAAAGGGCAUGUGAUCAAGUUUAAAAAGUAUUUGUCAGAAAUCCUGAUACAUACAUUACUGUAAAAGUAAAGAAAAAUAAAACUAAUGUUAUAAUUUAAACUAGCACCUGAAAUCUAUAUAAUUGUAUAUUUUGAUUUCCUUCUAAUUCAAUAAACAGUCCUUAAGAAAACUCA